AUGCAAGUAAUUGGCGAGAUGUUCGCAAACGAAGUGCGCGAACGUGAGACCGAGUUGCUCGCCAAUGCGCAGGCGGAUGAGGAACGCUACCGUCGUCGUUGCGGCGAACAGCGCUUUGACGACGAGGGGCAGCUGCCCGUGGUCUAUUGCGACCGGGGGGACCCGCCUGUAAGUCGUCCUAUUUCGAACCAUCAGUUACACUCAGGUGUUCUGCGGAGAGCGAACGUCCUUCACAAUGAGGAAGGCGGACGUGACCCAGAUGCUGCAGUUUGCCAUAGUGGGUGCAGCAUAUCUUACGAUGCAAAACACUCGCAGGGUCGAGGAGGUAUGCUGCUCCUGCUAUGCAACGAUACUAAAAAGAGGCAAUUCGGCACGCUGGCCAAGCUUAGAGAUACUGAGUUGGGCAACAGCGCUGAGGACAACCACAUGCCGUUCACGGUACAUGCAAGUGGCGUUGAGCGCGUGGAAUCGGUGGGCCCGGCGAUAAGCAGCGGACACGGUUGGUGCACUUCCCAGUACCGCAUCGUGAGGGACGACUUUAUCUUCCCUGAUUCCCAAGAGCAAAAUGAAUCCGCGGCUCUGGGCCGUCUACAGCAUGCGAUCGCGCAGAAGUCAGUUGCCCGCGAAUCGCUGGUGCCAGAAUUCACGGCAGCCAAGGAACUGGCUGGAAAAGAUCUGACGGAUCUGGACCGUUAUUGCUUGUGCUGCCAGCUGCUGCACAUAUGCACGAUCGUAGCGCGACGACAGUUGCAGGACUGCAGUGCCGAGGCGCAGCAUCUUUUCGCGUCAAACUUCUCAAAUAUUAUGGUUGUGGGCGAAGAUCCCACAUCCGAGGAGGUGGAGAAUGCCUCAAUGUUCUACGCGCGGCUCGUGGUCGCGAGCAGCGAUAAGAAGUGGCGUUGGUACACCAUGCGCGGUAGGUGGUCGUUGCAUGUAUUACACGUGGCUCGGCUGGGACUCAACGCCUUACAGAACCGCUCACGCGUCUGCUUGAAGUGA